AGCAAGUGAAACCAGAGGCAGAGGUUCACAUUUCACUGCAAGAAAACAGAGGAGGAGGAAGGAUAACGUAACGUAAGAGAAGUGGAAUUAGUUGGCCUCGUUUCCCGCGAGGGAAGCUCGGAGUCGGAUCAAUCAAAUAACGCGCCUCUUUCCUCUUUCCUCUUUCCUCAACUCACACUCAGAACCACCACCCCCAAGUCUCUCUCUCUCUCUCUCUCUCUCUCUCUCUCUCUCUCUCGCGGAUAGUUUGUGAAAGCGAAAAAUGGAGGCGGCGAUGGGAUUGAUGCGGAGAAUUCCUCCAAAGCACACCGAUACUGCCCUGUCUGCGCUUCUCAGCCUUCUUCCUCAUCACUCCUCCGAUCUCCUCUCCCAAGUUGAUCAGCCACUCCAGGUUUUGUGUGACGCAGACUGUGGGAAAGACUUCAUUUUGUGUGAAUAUAACCGAGAUGCUGAUUCGUACAGAUCACCUUGGUCAAAUAAAUACUAUCCUCCAUUGGAAGAUGGGUCCCUCCCUUCAUCAGAAUUGAGAAAUCUUGAAAUUGAAGCAAACGAGAUAUUUGCUAUAUAUUGUGACCAAUAUUAUGAAGGUGGCACUUCAUCAGUUUAUAUGUGGCAAGAUGACAAUGAAGGUUUUGCAGCCUGCUUUCUAAUUAAGAAAGAUGGCUCAAAGACCGGGCAGGGUCGACGGGGCUAUUUAGAGGAAGGAGCAUGGGAUGCUAUACAUGUUAUAGAGGUGGGACCUGAGGAAGAAGGAACAACAAAUUAUCGUUUAACCAGUACAGUGAUGCUGACUCUGACUACUAAUAAUGAGUCAUCUGGAACUUUUAGUUUGUCUGGAUCACUUAGAAGACAGAUGAGUAUGAGACUGUCAGUUGCUGAGGGACAUAUUUGUAACAUGGGAAGAAUGAUUGAAGAAAUGGAGAGUAAGCUAAGGAACUCACUAGACCAGGUAUACUUCGGCAAGACUAGAGAAAUGGUCUGCACUCUGCGACCUCCAUCUGAAGUGGCACAAAUGAGAAUGCCUGAGAGCUGAUUGGACUUUACACCGUGUUGCUGAUAGACUUAUACAUUUGUCUGUCCUUUGGUAUGCUUAACUAGCUUGCUGAUUAUGUGUUGCAUUUGGCAUUGAUAGUCUCACAUGGAUAGAAACAGGGAAUUAUUGGAGAGGAAUUGAUUGUAAAGUACCGUGUUUCGUAGACAAGAUUAUAUUGUUCCUUGUAUUGAUACACUAAGUGGAACUCUCAAAUUCAUCAGAUGACAUGAAAUUGUUGAAGCUCUUC